GAGCAAUGUAAGGUCAUACUUUCAAUUCAUUGAAGAGCAUCGUAAUUCACAAGAGCCGAUACCUUUACCAAAGUAUUUCAACCUGAUGGAAGAAACACAGCACGGGAAAAAAUGGACUAACUCAGAUUUUCAGCAUCUGUGCACAGUUGAAUAUGCAAACGUAAAAAAACUACAACAGGACCACCCUUGUGUGCUCCACCUUAUCAAAAAUGCUUACUUGCGACAACCAGCACCUAGAAAUAUUCCUUAUAAUCUCAACUACCCAGAAUUGGUAGAUCCAUCUGACGGGCAGUCAAAAGCAAUUCUACGACUUUUGCGCAAUAUGACCAGUGGCUUUUUUAUUGAGUGUGGUGGUUUUGACGGUGAAUAUCUUUCUAACACUUUAUUUAUGGAGCGAUCAUUAAAUUGGACUGGAUUGCUAAUUGAAGCUGACAAAAAUUCAUUUCAUCAACUAUCAAAUCGCAAUAGAAAAUCUUACAUAGCUCCUGUUUGUCUAAGUACACAACCAUACCCUAUGGAGGUAUUAUAUGAUACAACAUAUCCGCUUCUGAGUUCUAUUGUAGAGGAAAAAGAUAAACAGCUUCAAAAUUUAACAAGGGAUGUAAACAAAAAAAUAUCCCUUAAUAACACGGACGUUUAUAAAGCACAAUGUUUUCCGCUAUAUUCUAUAUUACUUGCCAUUGGAAAAACUGCUGUAGAUUAUUUUGGUUUAGACGUUGAAGGAUCUGAAUAUAAAAUUCUCAAAACGAUACCUUGGCACAAAGUUGAUAUAAAGACAUUGACUGUGGAAUGGGAUCACACCCCUGAAGGGGAGGCCGCUAUAACUCGUUUAUUGGAAAUGAACAAAUUUGUCAAAUUCGGACAUAUUGAAAUGUAUUUUUCCCGUGAAGUAGUAUACGUUCAAGAUUUUUUGGAUGACCUUAGACUUUACGAAUAACUAUUUCAUAG